AUCUCUCUAUCGAAGCAUUUGACAAUUUGAAUAUUUAAAAAAAAUACCAUUGUAUGCAUAUAAUAUUCUAUUCUUUCAAAAUCAAUUUCAGUUAAAUUUUUGAGAUAUGAAGCCGAAUAUUGAAACUCAACUGAAGGUGCUGUUCGAAGGCUAUUCAAAAUUCGUUGAUGGAAAAUAUUUGGCAAAUUGCUCCUGUGUACUUAUAAAAAGCACCCCAAAUAUCGUAAUAGAUACUUUGACAUCCUGGGACGAUGAGAAACUUUUAUCUGCCUUGAAAGAAGAAAAUAUCAGCUGUGAUGAUAUCGAUUAUGUAGUUUGCACUCAUGGGCACUCAGACCACGUCGGGUGCAACCAUCUAUUCAAAAAAGCUGUACACAUUGUCGGUUUCAGCAUUUCUCAUAAAGACUGUUAUUUUACUGAACCCGACUUCCACAGUGGAGAGGAGUUCGUCAUCAACAGGAAAGUCAAAGUAAUCCCUACUCCAGGACACACUUUGCAGGACGUAUCAGUCGUUGUAGAUACCGAUAAUGGUGUCGUAGCAGUUACAGGAGAUUUGUUUGAAAAAUUCGAGGAUUUGGAGGAUGCGGGAAUAUGGAAAAGUGCCGGUAGCGAUUCGGAAGAACUGCAGGAGAUCAACAGAAGAAAAAUACUGAAACUGGCCGAUUUCAUAGUUCCUGGGCACGGCCCCAUGUUCAAAGUUCCUCAACACUUUAAGGAAGCUGAUUGAGAUUGUAUUUUUACAUUGUUGUUUAUAUUAUAGUGAAUAAUUUCCUGCUGUGUAACUAUAAAGAUGAUCUAAAUAAUUCAAAAUUAAGGAAUCAAAGGUGGUGAAAAUCCCUAAUUCCCGUUCGAAUUACCAACUGAAGGGUAACGUUAAGAAAAAGUGGAACAUAUUCAAUUUACUUUGAUGGAAUACCGACUCCCUACUGUGGAAAAUCUUGGUUGUCUAUUAUAUGAAUUAUAUGUGUUGAAUUGAAUGUUAUAUGUUGAAUGUGAAUCAUAUUUCUAUCUA